CAGGCUGUAACAAAGGCUCGUUCCACCUGGAGAGAAAUUCUAGUUAACGGGGGGGAAACUCUGGAUCGCACUUUCUAUUAGGCGAAGGAGCUGGCCCGGGUCCAAACACAAAGGCUUACCUAGAUACCGUUCUACCUUCUGGAUCCAAGUCUUACCUGCAAUCAAUUAAAAUACAAUAUCAGUCGGUCUAGGGUCAUGUCAGAAUCGAACUUGUUCUGGAAUUAAUAGAAUAAAAUACCACAAAUUCGCGCAUUGGAAAUUGCAACUGCUGUUGGGACUAGUUGAUCAAAAUGUACACUGAGUGAAAGAGUGUCUGCGCUGAAAUCCGGACAGAGCGUAACUGGACCCAGCAGUCUACGGCCCUGCUCUCACUGCUUCCAGUGGCGGCUUGUCUGCAGAAGGUACAGACUGUGCACAGUUAUAAAGAGCUUCGCAGCAUGUGAGAUUCCACAGCAGUCUGACAACUCUGAGGCUCGGAGUAAAUGUGAGAGCUCGCAUAGAAGAGAAACAUUCAUCUUCAUUUUGUGACAACGACCAAUUCUAGAGUGAGUGAUUCGAUUCUUCUUCGAGACCGAAGAAGAUUUUCAAGCUAUUCUUACUGAGGACAAUAAGUUCUUUCUACUCUCGACACGAGGCAAUCAAUCUUCUUCUCGUGUCGACAAGAUCUAAAUCUUCGAGUUUUGCCCUGUGAAAGCUGCGAUGAGGAUGGCGACAAUGGUUCCGCAGGCUUUUGCGGUUCUUUUGAUGGCAGUCAUUGCCAUGUCCUGGAGUGGAGCUGUUGUGGAUGCGAAGAAGUUUAAGAAGCUAGAAUUCUACUUGCACGAGCAGUUCGUGAGUGAACCAGGAUACCCAGCUACUGAUCUUCUCGCCGCAUCAGCCACGGGCAAUACUUCAACUUACGCUUUCGGAAAUCUCGGCGUCUCAGAGCAGGUUAUCAGGGAAGGUGUCAGCAACACUUCGACCAUCAUCGGCCGUGCGCCAGGGACUUUCCAGCCGAACAAGCAAUACAGAACCUUCGCUCUGUACAAAUUGUUGACCCUCCAGACAAAAGAAUGGAACGGAACACUCGUCGUCUUCAGCGACUGGGCUUCAGAGGCACAUUCGAACGAGUGGACUGUUGUCGGAGGCACAGGAACGUUCAGAAUGAAGCGAGGAUACGCGAUCAACACUAAAGCAGCUGGAGGCGCAGGCACUCCUUCCAUCACAUUCCUGUGGGAAGUUUACCUAUAUUGAUGAGAUUGAAUUGCGGGUUCGCACCGAAGCCUCGCUCGCUGCUGUCUCAGCACUUAGCAUCGCUUAUAGAAAAUACAUGGUCCAAUCUGGAUUCUCUUGCAGCGCGGUUCCAUCAAAAUGCUCGCAGGUGCUUACGAACCUAGAGGACAUAGAGUAGGACAUUUGUUUGGGGUGUUUCAGAUCGCUCUGAAGAUCAAGGCUCAUUCGGUAAUACUACUAGCUGUAAUAGAAUACUCGGAACGCGUAGAUCACAGAGACGUAAGUUUGAUGACUGCUCUGUAGAGUUCAAGUCUCAUAUUAUUCAUUUUCAUGUCUCGUUUGAAGGAUUGAACAAUUUGCACUUCCGGGCUCAUGCUGCUACCAUACAUUGCUGGUUCCAACAUUGUGGUGAAUUUGACAGACAUGUACGUGCUUCACCCUUGUACAGAGCAGGAUGCACCAAGAUUCUCCGUAGCUGAUGCUUGAUUUAGCUUGUCGCUGAAAAUUAAUCAUGUUCGAUAAAGGACCAGUCUGUUACAAUAUGCCGUGCUAUCUUUCAAAAUUGAAUUCGAAUUCAGGAAUUUUAAAUUUUGGGGGCAUAACACGGGUAAUCGUUCGGACUCACCAUCACAGAGAAAUCGUGUCGUUCGGUCCUCACAGCAAUGAGCGGAAACCUUAAAGUAAAACUUGUAGAUCGCAAGGAAAGAAAGGUUCCGGCCCUUUGAAAAGCUAAAUCCUCGGGGCAUUAUAUUCCAAGUACAUUUGCAGAUGAUCUAAUGUUGUCCAAUUUAAACUACAUAAUUUUAAAUUUGUAAAGUUCAUGGCCGCUAUUCUAGUGAUUUUACGUUGUGAACUUUUAGUACUAUCCUGUCACUUCUGCC